GCGCCAGUUCGCCGAAUAUUUGCGUCUUUGCGAACUUCGAUGCUUAAGCGCGUUGCGGUAAUUUUCGUACGAAUUCUGUUCGGCAACGAACGUUCAGUGACAAAUUUUUUUUACUAACUAGUUAAGUGAUAGUGUUUUGUAUCAUGUUUAGUGCUUGUAUAACCAGUUUUUAAUGCAUAUGCCAAAUAUUAAAGUGGUAUAAUAAAAUACACUGUGAUCGCCCGAAUCGGCGUUAAAGUAGUGUUUAGUCAACAAUGAGUGCUUUUUAAUCAAAAUAUUUAUACAUAUAACCAAUAAAUAUAAAGCAGCCUUAAUUAGUGUCACCUUAAAGGACCAAUAUUUGAUAACCAGUAUUGAUAGUGUUCUGACGCCUUAAUUUUUUACCUAGUGUAAAUAGUGCUUGAAGUGCAUCGAAUAGAGUUUUUUACUGGAGGUUUUUAAGAAAUUAUAAUGACAUAUCGAAGUGUAUCCCGGCUGUCAGUGUUUGGUCUAUGGGAGUGCAUUGAGUUGAGAUAAGUGAGUUUGGGAACCGCUGGCACCAUGGAGCGGUGUGACGGAUUUCUCGUGUACCGCAAGCCUGUCUACAGGGUGUUCCAGUAUUUGGAAACCCAUGAGCCGGAGGGCGGCGGGCGGUGCGCGGAGGGGCCGCUAGCGCGCGCGAUGCAGCCCGCGCCACCAGGCGGCUCGCCCAAGCGGCAUCCCACACCGGCGCCUGCGCAUGCAGGCGCAGCAGCGGGCGACCAGUCAACCCUGAAAGUCCACUUGCCUAAUGGGGGCUUCAAUGUGGUGCGAGCAUCAGCCGACGAGGAUGUGAGAUCAGUGCUCCGAUUGCUGGCCGCGAGGCUGGCAGCUGGAGACAGGGUCUACGCCAGUUGCUAUGCUCUGAGGGCUAGAAGACUCACUACUGGGAAGAUCCGAUGGAUCCACCAGGACACACCAGUGUCGGAGUUGCUCAGCAAAUGGCCGGCCAGCGAGUGGCGACUAGAGCUCAGGGUGCGGUACCUACCCGCCAACCUGAGGGAUCUGUGCGACUCCGACCGCGUCACUUUCCACUAUUACUAUGACCAGGUGCGACAUGACUACCUCAACGCCAAUCAUCCUAUGGUAGACCAGGAUUUGGCGAUACAAAUAUGCUGUUUAGAAAUAAAGUACUUCUGUAAGGAUAACCAGAUAUCCCUGGACAAGAAGUCCAACAUAGAAUACCUGGAGAAAGAGUUCGGCCUACACAAGUUCCUUCCCAAAUCCGUACUAGACGCCAUUAAACCCAAAGUGCUGAAGAAGGCCAUUCAGCAGCAGUUUAAGAAGGUGGCCGGUCUCAGCGACACGGAGUGCAUGUUGAAAUACUUGGAGACGAUGCACACGCACUACGGCUACGACCGGGAGACGUUCACGGGCGCGCUCGGCACCGAGUGGGCCAUACCCGUCGAGUUGGCUAUAGGCCCUGACAUUGACAUUUCAUACGUAUCACACAAGGCGGGCGAGCCGGCGACUUAUUCUAAAAUCGCGUCGUUCUGCGACAUCGUGGCGGUGCAAACGCUCAAGUCCAACUGUUCGCAACAAUCGCAAACGCAGAGUGGUUCUUGCGGCAAAGCGGCGCUGCAGUUGAGAGUGAAGGGGGCCACGGAGACGCUGACGAUCACGUGCAGCAGUGUUGAGGCUGCAGAGAGUUUGGCGGACCUGGUGGACGGCUACUGCAGAUUAGUGACAGACUCUCAAACCUCACUAUGGAACAGAACAACAACCAUAUGGAAAUCUCUCAACUGUCAAUGUAAAACGGAAAUGAGCAGCAGUUCCUCGGAAGGCAAGACGAGUUCGUGGGAGGCGAACACGGCGACGCUGCUCUCUGAGGACUACGCGGAAAUCGUAGACGACGACGCUGACUACUCUACGCCGGCAGUGCGCGACUACGAACUGGUACGCAAUCAGAUCGAGCUGACGGGUAUCAUUGGGGAAGGGCAGUUUGGAGACGUUCACAAAGGCACAUGCCGAGUGACGUCAGCCAACCACCCGUCGUUGCGGCGUCAAUUGGCCCAGCAGAAACAACAAGGGAAAUGUUCCGGAGGGGAGUACGUGCUGCCCGUAGCCGUGAAGACGUGCAAGAUGGACGCCGACCUUGACACCGCUGAGAAAUUCCUGGAAGAAGCCUAUAUAAUGCAGCAAUUCUCCCAUCCUCACAUCAUCGGCCUGGUGGGCGUAUGUAGCAGCCCCCCCAUCUGGAUCGUGAUGGAGCUGGCUACGCUCGGGGAGAUGAGGGCGUAUCUACAGCAAAACGCAAGAAGGCUAGAAACGUGCACCCUGGUACUGUACAUCUACCAGCUAUCAACAGCGCUCAGUUACCUGGAAAGCAAAAAGUUCGUGCACAGAGACAUUGCCGCGAGAAACGUUCUGGUAUCCACGCCUACUUGCGUCAAGCUGGCAGAUUUCGGUCUCUCUAAGAUGGUGGACGACAAGUCUUACUACAAGGCGUCCCGCGGGAAACUACCAAUAAAGUGGAUGGCGCCGGAGUCAAUCAACUUUAGGCGAUUUACAUCAGCUUCUGACGUUUGGAUGUUUGGUGUAUGCAUGUGGGAGAUCCUCAUGUUAGGCGUCAAGCCGUUCAUAGGGGUGAAGAAUAAUGACGUCAUCGGUAAACUGGAGAACGGGGAACGCUUGGCCUUACCGCCUAAAUGUCCGCCUCGGCUGUACUCGGUGAUGUCAAGAUGCUGGUCUUAUGAGCCUUCGCAGCGGCCCACAGCUCAUAGCCUGAAGGAAACGCUCUUUGAGAUUCUACAAGAAGAGCGCAGUUCAGCGUGGGACACGAUGCGACGCGAGAACCGCCGAGUGGCCGCCGCCUCGUGGGGGGACGAACCUCCGCCGAAGCCCAGCCGACCUCAAACCAACCUUACUGCGGUGGAGCCGGCGGGCGCGCCGGCGCAGGCGGCGGAGGCGGCGCCGCAGACGUACCUGGUGGCGCAGACGCCGCGCGUGCUGGCGCGCCUGCUGCGCGACAACCAGGCGCGCGCGCGCCGGCCGCAGGCCUACACCACGCCCGCCUCGAGUCCGGAAUUCGACACUGAACAAGCUGUGGAAAGGAGAUUAUUGGCUGAGUUAGCGAGACAGCAACAUCAGAGCGAAGAGGACAGAAGAUGGCUUCAAAUGCAGGAAGACAAUUUGAAGCGGCUCUCAAACAUGCAAGUAUCGAGUGAGAGUGAGCCCAGCGAACGCAAGGCGGACGCCGUCGAGGCGCGCACCUCUAGUCAACCGCCCUCAGGUGCGAACUCGGCAGAAACCAGUCCAGCCAACACGGUGAAUCCAAAAGAACGACCGCCCAGUGACGACAGGACACCUUGCGCGGAGCCCCCGGAGCCGGUGUACGCGGCCACGACGGGCGUGGUGCGCGGCGUGAUGCGGCUGGCGCAGGCCGCGCAGCGCGCCGCUCCGGCCGCCCAGGUGCUGGCGGCCGUGCGCGCCGUGGGCGCCGAGCUGCGCGCGCUGUGCGCCACCGUCGAUCUCAUCGUCGUGCCGUUCCCGCCCGCCGCUCAGAGGGAAGUGGAGAUGGCCCAUCAAGUUCUCAGCAAAGAUAUGGCAGCGUUGGUGGAGGCGAUGCGACUCGCGAUACAGUACGCCAAUACUACGUUGCACGACGAAUAUACCAAACGAAUGCUCGCAGCGGCACAUGUACUCGCGAUGGACGCGAAAAACCUCCUCGACGUAGUGGACUGCAUCCGCGCGCGACACCCCGGCGUCGACUGGCGCGCCGCGCUGCGGGCGCACGACGCCGGCCCCGCCCCGCCCCCCGCGCCGCAGAACCAAACCCUCACCUCGCAAAACCACGCCUUCGCCGCCCAAAACCAAACGUUCACGCCGCAAAACCCAGUACUCAGCAACCAAUCGUCGAUACAGGAAGAAGAAACUCCGCCCCCCAAACCAGACUUCAAAAUCAACCAACCAGUGACGACCGGUCAACUCAACGUGACCGAACACCUACCGAAGGAACACAGCAGCCUCCCCGCCACCUCUAACAGGGUUUCCGCCUUGAUACACAACUACAAUCUAUACGGGAACGUGCGGGAACCGCAACAUAUUUAUGGCAACACCGAAGUAGGGGGUUCCUUCCAACAUUCCUCUUCGAGCAUCAGCGAAGACGGAAAGGUCGAUGUGGCGCCAAUUGAGUCUGUGAAAAGCAGAGUUCAAGCCAUUUCUGGGAAAAUAGACCCUCCCCCUAUAUACUCCGUCAGCAAAAAGAUGAUCCCCAUAGACCAGAACACCGAUCAAGGGUGAAUGUUGCCAGCAUAAAGAAUUAGUUUGCUUGUAGUGGCAAUUUUUUUUACGGCUACUCCGCUGGGAGUUAUACAGCUUUACUAAAUAAGGCUAUGAACAGUAGAUCGACUAGUGUACUUACCGGGAUAUGCUCAUUAAACGACAGCAUUUAUUUUUUUGUGCCGCUUUAGUAAAAUUAGUGCAAGCUUGUUUUAAAAGACCUAUAAUGCUCAAUAUUCUAUGUAGCGGGUAGAUCAGUUAUUUUAAGUCCUCAGGCCAAAACUCGCGUUCAAAGUAGGACCCAUUUGGUCAUCAAAUACAUGGAUCAUUUCUUAAUUACUCAUUAGUGAACAAUUUUCUUGAAAAUACUUGAGUCAUCAACGUUCGAGUGUUGCCAAAUAAUAUCUACUUAACUUUAUUUGAAAUUUCACUUAACGAAUUUAUGUUGAACGUCGUUUUAGUGAUAAUAUCUAUUGACAUAUCAUCGGCAUUGUUGUGCUUCAAAUUAAUAUUCUAGUGUUGCAUAUUUAACAAAUAAUUAUUCGACAUACAUAUUUACAUGUUCAUCAAAACUUUAUUGGUUAUAUUAAAAUUUCAUGCGUCAUCAAAAAUUGUCAUUACUCCAAACUGUUAUCGUAUGGUUAAUUUGUGAUAUUAUUGCCAAUAAACGACCUAAAUUGCUAAACUAACUCAGCUUGCAUUAUUAAACUACAUAGCACAUUCCUUAAACUGCACCUAACGAGUAAGUUGUAAUUAUUUUCAUACAAAGUUUAUAUUUUUUGGUGUUAUUAAUACAGGUUUUAUAUGGAACCUUUAUAAUUAUAAUAAGUGAAAAAUGAAUUCUUCCAUGCAACAAUAAUCUAAAUAAUCAUUUUGGAAUUAAUCGUUCAAGUAUUAUUUUGUAAUCUAAAAAUGUAUUAUGUGUAUAAUUUGUUAAGUAGCCGUCACAAGAUUUAACUCAUAGAUUUUAUUAAGUAAUUGGAUUGUUAAAUUUUUAGUUGCAUCCAUUGUAAGAACUAAAAAAUUAUCUUUACAUAUAAGAUUAAGACAAAUAGGACGGUAAAAGUUUAACAAUUAAAUUACGAAAGGUUUAUAAUUUGUCAAUUGUCAGCGGAUUUGAAAAUUUACUUUGUAAAAAUGUACAAAAAGAUUAUUUUAAUUUUUAUCCAAAGUUUUAUUGUAAGCUUAGAUCUCAGUGGAUACUGUAGCGUUAGUGCUCUGUGAAUGGCACUGGACAACUAAAGAUUAGAAAACAUUGUUUUUAAAGACUGGAAUUUACUAACUCCAUUUGGUAUUUUAUCGAUUUUUAGUACAUCAUUUAGUUAAUUGCAAUCUUGCGUGUCUAUUUACAACUCAAAAACCUCAAUUUCUGUUAAGGUACCUGUUUUGUUACUUAUUUUAUUUCCUAUAUUGAAUCUAUAGUUGUCCAUGCCGCUCAAUGAGUUAACAAAACUAUUUAUUGUCAUUUGAUUUGAUAUGUGUUGCCGGAUGUCAUUCCAGUGUACAACUUAACGUCCGUAGCCCGUUAGCGCGUUUUAACUUCGAGUGGACCGGAUUUUGUUUAUGCAUAUAUUGAAUAAACGACAGAUCAGAAAUUA